GAUGAUGAACCAUACACUCCACAGAAUCGGUAGGUGGCGGUAAUGCGCCUGUAAGUUGCUUUGCCAACCACCAUUAAAAUCUACAAAGGAAGAAGAAGUGGCACAGCGAAGUGAAACAAUGAUGUGGAGAGAAAUAGUUUAUGUUUAAAAGCCUUGCACAAGGACAUGUUUCUGUUUUUGAUUCAUCUUGUAUGACAUGUCAAACUUAGAUGAAGUUAUGGAUUCUCAAACAAGUUUAAAUGCUGAGAUUAAGCCAGAACAUGUAAAGGAUGAUGCUCCAAAAACAAGCAUCACAGAUGAACUCUCUGACACUGCAAAAGACUGUUCGCCAACAGAGAACACACACGAUAAUGUGGCUUCUCAGAAUUCGAUGGACUGUGGGUCUGCAAGUGACGUAGAUGAAUCUGUUCUCACAGGCAGCAGAAGUAACACAGCUCCAACACACUGCUCUGACGGGCAGAAAUCUAAGAGGCCUAGUUCACCAGGUCCCCUUCCCACUAAGGCAACCUGUGUUGCUGCACCCACUACAAAUGCUAAACUCACCCUCUGUCUUAGUUAUAAGAAGCCUGUGUGUACACAAAGUGAUGUGGAGAUGCUGAGUCCUGAUAGUCCAGUCUAUAAAACCAUGUUCAACAACUCUGCAGACCAGGAUUGUGAUGGCAGCUCAAAGGCUCAGGUAAUGGAAUGUCAGAUGACUAUCAAAGACUCUGAUCCAGGAAGUUCAACCAAAGAAAAAGACCAUGUUGUUGCUAUGGGAUCUGAGGAUGCUGAGAUAGCAGAGUACAGUGGGUCAUCAAAUAUGAGCCAGGACUUAGAUAAAAGCCAGCCAGAUGCAAUUUUUGAAAGUGUUUUACGCCCGUUGCAUAACAUUGAGAAAAAGUGGCUGGGGACACCAAUAGAUGAGCUCAACAGACUACCCCAGUGUGCACCUCCUUUGUCUCGCCUGCAACCAGCACCUCAUCACACCGUCACAGUCAGGACAGAUCUCCUCAGGGAGGGAGAAGUCCCUGUCCCAUACCCAAGCAAGUUCAAGGAUGCUUGGGAUGAAUUGUCAGUUAAGAUGCCCUGCUCAGAGAGGAAUCUGUUUCCUAUGGAGACUGAGGAUGGAAAUGGCGUCCAAAGUCGAUGGGACCUGAUCCGCACUGCUUUGCAGACGGGGUUCAAAAGUUCUCUGGAUGUGAGGGAUGCAAUAUUGAGGUAUAACACAGGCCAUGCAAAGAAAUGGGACUUCACUGCCCUAAACCUUCUUUGUACAGAGGGUCUUGCGCAUUCUAAGGUACAGCAGCUGUUUGAUGUCAUACUACCUUCUAUGGUUGAACUUGCACUUAAAGCCCCUAAGCUGUGCACAAUGCCAAUUCCUUUACUUAAGUCAAGGAUGAAUCAUUCCCUGACCCUGUCUCAGGAGCAAAUAGCCUGUCUUCUGGCCAAUGCUUUCUUCUGCACAUUCCCUCGACGCAACUCCCGCAAGUCAGAGUAUGGCAAUUAUCCUGAGAUCAACUUCUACAGGUUGUUUGAAGGUUCUUCACAAAGAAAACUUGAGAAAUUGAAAACUCUGCUGUGUUACUUCAAAAGAGUUACAAAGACCACACCUGAGGGUCUUGUUACGUUUACAAGACAAGCACUGAACAAUCCACCAGACUGGGAAAGGUCUCAGACUCAGCUGACACACCUGCAUAUCACUUGUGAAGGGACAAUUGAGGGAAAUGGAUAUGGGAUGCUCCAGGUGGACUUUGCCAACAGGUUUGUAGGUGGCGGAGUCACAGGACAUGGACUGGUCCAGGAAGAAAUCAGGUUUCUUAUCAACCCUGAGCUCAUUAUCUCUCGCCUUUUUACUGAAGCUCUGGAAUACAAUGAAUGCCUCAUCAUCACAGGAGCUGAACAAUACAGUAGAUAUUCUGGCUAUGCCGAGAGUUACAAAUGGGAAGAAAGCUGCAAAGAUGAGACACCCAGGGAUGACUGGCAGAGAAGAUGUACAGAGAUUGUGGCCAUUGAUGCUCUUAAGUACAGGCACUUCCUAGAACAAUUUCUCCCUGAGAAGAUGACCAGAGAACUCAACAAGGCGUACUGUGGAUUCCAUCGAAAUAACGCCAACAGGAAGCACCUCUCUGCGGUGGCCACAGGCAACUGGGGCUGCGGAGCUUUUGGUGGAGACACACGGCUCAAAGCACUGAUUCAGUUAAUGGCAGCAGCACAGGCUGGGCGAGAUGUGGCGUAUUUCACAUUUGGUGAUGCUCCGCUGAUGAAAGAUGUUCAUGACAUGCACUCUUUCCUCACUGAGAGACAAGUCACCGUCGGGCAGCUGUACAGCCUUUUAAACCAGUACUUCAAUGAGGAAUGCAAGAAUUGCCGCACAACUCGACCUGACAUCAACCUCUACAAUUUCAUCUACGAGAAAGUCUCCUCCCCCGCAGCCUCUGACACCUUGAAUUCUGCUAAGGAUUGUGGGAUGUCUCCUGUAACUUCAGACUCUCAUUAACAGGAAAACAAUUGUAACCUAAUCUCCCCUCUCCAGUCACUCUUUGUAAAAGACUCAGUGUGCCCUCAGUCUUGUUUUUACGGUCACUGUUCUCUCUGACAUCAACCUCUCUCUCUCUCUCUCUCUCUCUCUCUCACUCUCACUCUCACACACACACACACACACACACACCCUUUAAAUUUGUGAUCCCAACACACAAACUACCAAAACACAGUUUUGCCUUUCUUACUGGUGGUAUCAUAGGAAUCUCAUAGUACAGCACCAAAUGUGGUGACAUUUUUCAGAGACUUAUAGCAAUAGUAAAUCCUGGUUGCUGUUAGGCCUUUCUUUAGUCUAAAUGUAAUGUGGAGUUCAUUUUUUUUACACACUGAUUACAGAUAUGGCCAAAUAUUCAUCAUAUGCAUGGGUGUAAACACAUUUCACCAUUGAUAAUCCAGGACGUGAUAAUUUUCCCUGGUUAUCGUGUCUUGUAUUGUUUGCUACACUUUCUGGAUGAGUUCUCUAGUUACCAUACCCAGGCUAUGGUGAGGUGCCUGAAUGAGAUGCCAUACUGUAGUCUAUGCAUGGGUAACAUUUAUUUAUCAAAUAUUCUACAAAUAUAUGCUGCUCUUUUAUAUCCUGUAUGAUACUGAAGUGUAACAUACAUAUUGUCCCUAAGGCAUAUUUUGUUAUGGAUCACAACAAUCCAAAUUAUCACUAGUAAUGGAAAUCAUCUAUAAUUAAACAUACAGGAAAUUUAUGCUCACUGUAUUCUUAGAUAUUUCAUUUUAUUCUGAAAAAUGUCAUUUGCUAAGCAUAGGGGGAGCAAAUAAAAAUAUAAUGGCACGAACAAUAUUUUUGUUAAUGUUUUUACACAUUUAUUUUGGGGCUCAUCUUUUUUUUAUUUACUGUGGUUUCUGAUUGGCAGUGUGGAUUCUAUUUAAUGAGUUUAUGAAUAUAUUAAAGGCUUUGGGUAUUGCAUAGUACUGUAAUUUAGGCUUUUAGGUUGUACUCUUUUUAUUAUAAUUUCUUAAUUAAAGUAUAAAAUGUAAUUCUA